UAUUUUAAUCAAUGUUUAUUCUUUAACAGAUUGUAUAAAGACUUCAAUAUUUUUAUUCUCACAAAAAUGUUCACUAUUUUCAAAAGGUUCUGUCCUGUUAAAGAAAAGAUUCUCAGUGUUAAAUUGUAUACAAACAUGCACAUAGAUUCACUCCAAGAAACUGCUUUGGAUGAAAAAUGUAUUCUUGUGGAUAAAUUUGAUAGACCUAUAGGUAAAGCUACAAAAAAGCAUUGUCACCAAAUUGCAAAAGAUGGCUACAUUCCUUUACACCGGGCUUUUAGUGUGUUUCUUUUUAAUAGCAAUGGUGAUCUACUUAUACAAAAAAGAUCUGCUACAAAAAUUACUUUUCCUAGUUAUUAUACAAAUACCUGCUGCAGUCAUCCAUUGGCUGAAAUUGAUGGUGAAAGUGAAGAAAUGAAUGCCCUUGGAAUUCGAAGAGCUGCACAAAGAAGACUUUGUUAUGAAUUAGGAAUUCCAUUGAUAGAAGUUCAACUUCAAGACUUUUGUUACCUUACUAGAAUUCAUUAUCAUGCAACAGAUGAUGAAAUUUGGGGUGAACACGAAAUAGAUUAUGUACUCUUUUUACAAUUGAACAGGGUUACUCUUAAUCCAAACCCAAAUGAAGUUAGUGAAAUUCAGUGGAUAUCAAAAGAGCAUAUGAAUAAUUUUGUAAAAAAUAUUAAGUUCCCUUUGACUCCAUGGUUUAAAUUAAUACUUGAACAUCAGUUGCCAUUGUGGUGGAAUAAUUUAAAUGUAUUACAUAAAUUUCAAAAUCAUUCAACUAUUCAUCGCUUUUCAAAAUUAUGA